ACCGCACGACGACAUCGACAAUUCUCCCCUCGGACAUUCCACAGCCCACGCAGUCAAGAUGCGGUACAUUCACUCCGAGGAACGGCUGCCCAUCCCCGAGAAUGUGAAGGUUCACAUUCGCUCGCGGAUUGUGACCGUUGAGGGCCCCCGUGGCAAGCUUGUCAAGGACCUCUCCCACAUUGCCGUCACUUUCGGUCGCCCCGAGAAGAACGUCAUCUCGAUUGAGAUGCACCACGGUGUUCGCAAGGGUAUCGCCACUCUCCGUACCGUCCGCACCAUCAUCAACAACUUGAUCAUCGGUGUCACCAAGGGCUUCAAGUACAAGAUGCGCUACGUCUACGCUCACUUUCCCAUCAACGUCAACAUUGAGAAGAACGGCGAGACUGGCCAGUUCGAAGUUGAGAUCAGAAACUUCUUGGGCGAGAAGUACGUCCGCCGUGUGACUGCCCAGCCCGGUGUCGAGAUCAUCACCUCCCCCAACGUCAAGGAUGAGCUCCAGCUGUCCGGAAACUCCCUUGAGGGUGUCUCCCAGAGCGCCGCCGACAUCCAGCAGAUCUGCAGAGUCCGCAACAAGGAUAUCCGAAAGUUCCUUGACGGUCUGUACGUGUCGGAGCGGGGUAACAUUGUUGAAGAGUAAAUGGUGACGGGGAUUGUCCGCCUUGGUGGGUAGAUAGGAUGUCUGGAGAAUCUUAAUUUUCGCCCACUUGCAUAGGGAAGCAAAGCGAAAUUAAAGCAAAAAACAAGGACCAUGGAAUUCCAAUGCCCCUUUUACGUGUUC